AUGUCUUCGCUUAACAGUACCAGCUCCUUCGAGGAGGAUCUCGCUUUAGCACUUCAACUCAACGACCUCGAGCAUGACAAUGAAGACUUUCUCGAAUACGAUGAUUCUCUGCUUGAUGACGAUGACGAUGACGACGAAUACGGCGACAUCCGUUUGGCCCCCAAGAUCAAACCUACAUCCCAUUGCAAGGGUAUACGAUCAGGACCCCGCAGACGAAAUAUGAAGCCAGCAUCCCUCCAAGCCGAGAAGAAGCCUGCCUUUACCAAGAUUAUCCAGCCCAUCGUCGAUUGCUCGCGGCCUCUGACCUUCCCUCUCGAGAUCCUCGGAUUGGUCUGUGCGCACCUGAGCCAAACAUCCUUACGGUAUUGUGUCAGCCUGGUAUGCAAGGACUGGAACAGAGUCAGCGACAAGUAUAUCCGCCGAAUGGGCGUCUGGACACCCCUGGCAGAUGGACACGAGAGGCAGUUACUCGAUCAGAUAAAGAGACUGGACACACUCGAGUGCUGGUUCAACCUCGAUCCGGACGUGCCUGAUACUGGAACGGGCAUUAUUACACGUGAAGGCACACAUACUGCAUGGAGACGAUUUAGAGAAGCCAUCCUCGAGCGCCUUGAGGAACAGGAAUAUCAACAGAACCCUUCAGCUCAGGAAAUGGACUUUCAGAGCGAAAACAGUAAACCCCUACAGCAACAGCAAAUGCAGCAGGAACUCACCAAUUUAACACCAAAAUGCCUUCUUCAUCACAUCAAGCAUCUUUCUAUUCGAGGAAGCAGGCUAUCUUAUGAGGACACCAUUCUGGCAAUGCAGUAUGGGCUGCGGUUCCUGAAUUCGCUUUUCUUGGAUGUGCGGCAAAACUCUCUGAAAAUCCCACUGUUCGACCUUUUGAACCGCUGCCCAAGCCUGCGCGACUUCAAAGUAAACGCUACGGUUUACGCUAUGACUUCCAUCCUAUCAGGCGACGACGAGGACCUGAUCCCAGAGCCAGCCGAGUCCAUCGUCAGCCCUGAGACAGCUCAUUUCCCCGCCAAGCCCAAGGUCAUAAUCCCGUUCAAGAAGUAUCCAGAUCAGUACCCUCUCAGGACAUUUGAGGUGAACAAAGCCACGAUCAGGCAGCAUGUCCUCGAACGCAUCAUUGCCACCUGUCCCAGUCUCCGUGUUUUCAAGGUCUUGGAGCUCACUACCCAGUUUUGGAUACCUCAAGUUGGAUACAGACCCUAUGCGAUUGACGAGGAGCGACUAGCGAAGCAUGCAGCAAACUGUUGUCCUAAUCUGAAAUGGUAUGCGGCCGUGAAAAGAACUGCCGUGGUAUGUGAAGAGCGGCAGAUGAGCUUGAUGCGCAAAUACUUCCCCAGUACCAAGUUCUUGGCGCUUACAUGCUGUGGGCACCAACCCGAGAUGCCGAGCAGUCUGAUCGCACAAACAUUGCUCCCGCAGAUUACUGUCCUAGAGAUAUCCUUGUCUUUGGAGCGAACGUUCUAUCCGGCUCUUAUGAACAGGGUAUUGUGCAUGACGCCCAACCUCCUACACCUGAUCGCACCUAAGGUCGACUUCUCGACUUGGCACCUGUACCGACCUUCCAAGCCCACUCCACCCAUGACCAAGACAUUCAUCGAAAACAACCGUGAUCGAAAGCGUACGGAGAGAGAGGAGAAACGAAAGCACCGCCAAGAAGCCCGCCUUCGAUUCCAGCAAUCCGGAACACGAGCCAACGUCACAUCCUCCUCUGUUUCAGUCCCGGCUGCUGCGGACGACAAUACGGACAUCUUGACCAAGGUCUGGAAAUGUCGCGACUUGCGCACGAUCGACUUCAACAUCCGCACUGGUUCGCUCAAGGCCUGGUGUGAUUACAGCGUACGAUAUCGCCUCUUUCGGAGUCUCACUUUUCUAAAGGUUUCUUGCUACCAGCUUCAUGUUGGUCAGCUUCAAGACUACCCACAUGUUCUUAAGCAGCGCGCCAAAGACUUGGAGGACUCUAAAGCGCUGCGAAAGCCAGGGCAGGCUCAGCUAAGGGCGGAAGAGCAGCUGAAGAAACCACUGCGAUUUGAAAACGAUCUUCUAUUGUUGAGAGGGCUGCGAUCGCUCGAGUUCGUACAGAUUGAACCCCAAGAGAUACAAGGGAUGAUACAUCCAACAGAUUUUGAGUUCCUGAGGCGACAGAGCUCCGAGACCGUACUGCGAUACAUUUUGAACGAGGACUCUAAUGUGAAUAGCGUCUAUCGAGAUAAGGACGAGGAGGAUGGAGGGGAGGGCGGCAAUGACAGCAGUGCGGAUGAUGUUCAGGCCAAGUCAGAAUAUGUCAAACCGUUUUCACGGGAAGAGAACGACGAGAGGUAUCCACGAUCAGAGGAUCCUCCCAAGAAGGGACACGAGACGUUUUGGCCGCAUCUGGAGGCCUUCCACAUUCGGUAUGUUAGAUCCCCUUCUCUGGCCACGAACUAUAGCGACAUCGUGGAGCACAUGGAAGACAUCCGGCCAGGCGUUGAGUUCUCAAUCAAGCGACGUUACAUGGAGCUGUAA